AUGACACACAAUACGCUUCAAGGCGAAUAUCUACUUCUCGUUGCUGUUUCCCUGGCCCCAAUCGCGGAUCAGUUGCUGAAGUCGGUCCUCAAAGCUUAUCAGCCACACUUGCGUCAAAAACCCGGUCCCUGGGUCGCAAAGUUGAGCGGCUUCUGGCGCAUUGUAUCCGUACGUGACGGAAAUGUCCACGAGUCUUAUCGAGAACUUCAUAAGAAAUACGGUGCGAUCGUUCGAACGGCGUCAAAUGUCAUCGAUAUCUCGGAUCCCAGAGGGAUUGCAAGCACCUAUGGCAUCAACAGCAAGUUUAACAAGGUUAGGAAGCUCAGUUUUUAA